CAAUAGUAGCACAUGAUGCAGAAUCUGGCGUUGAAUGAAUGCUUCUCGUCAUGGUCGCUGCCGUGUGGAGGCUGCUCCCGCUCCCCUGCUCCUUGCGUCGUCGUGGCCGCCGCUGCUGCCGGUGGAGCACGGGAUGCUGCUGGCCAUCGGCCCACCCCCGGUAAAUCUUGACGACGACAUGCAUGGGAGUCUUGGGAGUAGCAUCCUCCUCGCCGCACGGGCCUCCUACUCGCUGCACGGGCUUCCUCCUUGCCAGAGUGACGCCCCUCGCCGGAGUAGCGCCAGCCAAGCCCAUCGGCCACCAGGUGCGUCCUUGGAUCAGUUUCCUACAGGCAGCAUGUUGUUCCUACUCCUCUACUUACUACAGCAGCACAAUGUUCUUCUGUAUUGCAAUAGAGCAGGAGUAUUUGCUAGAGUAUCUAGGACGUACAACUAUGGUUAAUUGCUUUAUGUACACAUGCAUGGAUCU